GUAAGUGGACCUACCAGCAUGAUACUGAAUGUGCAACUUACAUCUUCCAGAAGACUGCUGAGCUCGCCUUUUGAACUGUUAUUCUCCUGACCUUGUUUGCUUAAUCCCGUAGACCCUUGUUGUCUUCACGCUUGUCGGUCUCACACGAGUGUGCCACAUGACGACCCCUUUCACUUGGAUCCUCAGUGUCAAUGUCGGCAUCUUGUACCCUCACUCCAUUGCUGGGUGUCUUUGCUUUCGACUUGUCGUCCAUAGAGCUUUCUUUCUGCACGUUCGACUUCUCCUUUUUGGCCUUGUCCUUCUUCUCUUUCUUCCUCUCUUUCUCACUCUCUUUCUCACUCUCUUUCUCACUCUCUUUCUCACUCUCUUUCUCACUCUCUUUCUCACUCUCUUUCUUCCUCUCUUCUUCCUCUCUUUCUCCACCUCUUUCCGCAUCUCUUCUUCUCUUUUCUUCUCGCCCUGCUUCAGAUGCAACUGUCCACCCGUUAACAACGCAACAACAUCCCCACUACUCGCAGCAUGACUUGGAUCCGCGCAUCGUGACCGGAACUCAGGUUUCGGCAAGCUGCCAGCCAGCGGAUGAUCGGGAUACUCGUGUGUCCAUCUGACUUGCGAAUGUUUGUUGUAACGGUGUAUAAAGCCUUCUGAACUCUAGGGUUAAGAAGGUCGGUCUUUUUGACCGCGACAUUUGUCAACGUGGUCAUCUAGCCACAAGCCGGCACCAUCAAAUCAGUCUUUCUUCGUAGUCAUGUUUUCUGGUGUUUAGACAGCCAUCUCCUCAGCAGAAGCCCAC